AUGGCUUCGAAGCGUAGAACUACUCAAGAGAAUGAAAUGGAGGAGUUAUGCCGUCAAGUUAAGGAGUUGCAAGAGCAAAUUGCAAAACAUGAAGCUGCUCAAAAUAAUCAUGGCAGGCAGAGUGAUGACAAUUUGUCCACACAAAGAGCACGACACAACAUGACUCACAAAGUUAAAGACUUAGGAAUCAAAAUUGAUGUUUUUGAGUUUGAAGGGAGACUCCAACCAGAUGAUUUCAUCGACUGGCUUUGCACAGUGGAAAGAGUGUUCGAGUUAAAAGACAUUCCAAAUGACAAGUGCAUGAAGCUUAUAGCAAUCAAGUUGAAGAAGCAUGCGUCAGUUUGGUGGGAGAAUCUCAAGCGUCAGCGAGAAAGAGAAGGAAGAAGAAAGAUCAAGACAUGGGAUAAAAUGUGUCGUGAGCUCAAGCGCAAGUUCCUUCCUGAACAUUACAGGCAAGACACCUUUAUCAAAUUUCAUAAUUUGAAGCAAAAGUCGUUAUCUGUGGAAGAAUAUACAAUGGACUUCGAAGAGCUGCUUAUGAAGUUGUCAUUAAAGAUUGAAAAACAAAGAAAACAAAGGAAUAACACUCAGUCGCCAAAGAACAAAGAAGUCAUCCUUGAUGUUCAACAAGAAGUGAAGACAGGAUUUUUUAAAGGCAACAAGGAGCGUGGAUCAUCAGGUAGAAAAUGCUUCAUAUGUCAAGGUUUUAGGCAUGUUGCUGCUGAAUGUCCAAACCGAAGGGUUAUCACUCUUGUCGAGGAAGAGAUGGUCAAAAGAAUCAAGUUGAGCUGUGCCUUUUCACAUCUUUCAAAUGCACUCACCAAUGGAAUCUUUCGCCAAUACAAGAUGAGCUUUUCUCAACCUAGGGAGGAUAAUGCAGGAGCCCUUUCCAACCCAGGAAGAAUGAUGCUCUUUGAGAGUAAGAGGUGCAUCCUUGGUUUAGCCAACCAAGGUGGGUUCAUGGCUACUUUCACCAUAGUGGGAUUGUUAACCUCGCCAAGAUUGGUUGGAAAUGGAGCAAUAGAGCAUGGGUUAGGUGGCUGUGAAGAAGUGGAAAUAUUAGUACAAGGAAUUUCUAUUGUGGAGGAUUUCUUGGUGAUGGAAUUGGGACGUUCUGAAGUAGUUUUGGGUGCAGGGUGGAUUGCUAGUUUGGGCAAAUUUGAAGGGGAUUAUAACGCCCUAUCCUUGAGCUGGAUGUUGAAUGGGAAGAAGGUGACUUUGCACGGUGAUCCCUCUUUAGGGAGAAGUCGAGAUACUGCAAAAGUGACUUUAAAUGCCCUGAGAAAUAAUGAAGAGGGCUUUCUCGUAACCCCUGUGUUCAUUGCCGAUUCUACAGAAGCCCAACUAUCUGUUUCGUCAGCAACUUUGGCAAUUUUGCAGCAAUUUAAAGAUGUCUUUCAGUCCUCAUAUAGUCUUCCUCCACAAAGAACUCACGAUCAUGCUAUAGUAUUAAAAGACAGUGUAGAGAUUCCAAACAUUAGACCUUACAGAUAUCCACAUUAUCAGAAGGCAGAAAUAGAAAAAAUAAUUAAUGAAAUGCUGCAGAUUGGGAUUAUUCGGCCCAGCACAAGUCCCUUCUCGAGCCCAGUAAUUCUGGUAAAGAAAAAGGAUGGUGGGUGGAGGUUUUGCGUCGACUAUAGGGCCCUCAAUAAGAUCACGGUGCCGGACAAAUUUCCUAUUCCUAUUAUAGAGGAGCUAUUGGAUGAGCUCGAUGGUGCAACAGUGUUUUCCAAAUUGGAUCUUAAAUCUGGAUAUCAUCAAAUUCGAAUGAAGGAGGAAGAUAUUCAUAAGACAGCUUUUCGCACCCACAACGGCCAUUACGAAUUCCUUGUAAUGCCUUUUGGCCUCAUAAACACUCCAUCCACUUUUCAAGCUCUCAUGAACACUGUAUUUCGUCCGUUCUCAAAAAAUUUUCUCUAG